AUGAAGGCUUUGGAGUUCGUGGAGAUCACGAGACCGCGAGCGAGAGGUCAUAGAGCUAGGGUUAGGGUCGAUGACGAUGAGUCCGACCAUGAGGAGAUACCUAGACGGAGAGUGAACCCUAGACCGAGAGAUAGACCUCGUAGGUGGGCAGACGAUGUCGAGGAAGAAGAAGAACUAAGACCUCGACAACCUAGAGGGCCUAGUAACGACCUUAAGCUUAAACCGCCCCUCUUCGUAGGAAAAGUAGAUCCCGAAGCACACCUAGAUUGGGAGCGCUGUAUGGAUAACAUCUUCGAAUGUUAUGCAUAUUCGGAUCGACGGAGGGUCCAAUAUGCCGCUGCUCAAUUAGCAGAGAAUGCGCUAGCUUGGUGGGAUCGGGAAACCACCGAGCGACGACGAGCUCACAUAGAGCAAGUUGGGACUUGGCGUGAGAUGAAGGUCCUUAUGCGCAAGAGAUAUGUUCCUCCGCAUUUCCACCGAGAACUUCAAAGGAAGUAUCGGAAGCUAGCCCAAGGAGCUAGGCCGGUGGAAUAA